AUGGAUUUAGGUUUGCUACAAAUCGUUAAUUGUUACGAGUUAUCGCUCAACAAAUUUAUACAGAGGACUAAAAAGAUAACCUAAGUGUCAGUCGGAAAAAUUAGAGCUCUAAGCAAACCGUUGAGAUUAAAUAUUUUACCCAACUGUUCUAAUGUUACCUGCAAAAAAGACUGUUCUCCGUUUGUUUCUGUUUCUCGGCCCAAAACGGGAGCCAAUUCUGUGAAGCAGCGAGAAUCGUACGAAAACUGAAAACGUUCUCCUAAGCUAAAUAGUUUCACUCUCAAGAACCUCGGAAGCUAUUGGGUCUAAUAUAUAACGAAAAUUGAAGGAAGUUAAUAAAUUAUCAUAUUUAUUGGCCUGAAAAUAGAGCGAUUUCAAUUUGCUAGUUAUGGCUUCGGAUUUGAAUAGAACCGAAUUUCCAUCUGAUGAGCUUACCAUUUUACCUCGUAGUUUCAAAAGUCUCGACAAUCAGAGUAAUUUCGAAGCCUCCGGUAGCGUUAACUUCUCUGUUCAGCAGAUAAAAUCAUUACGCAUACCAGGAUAUUAUCUGAACCAACUCCCCUCAGAUGAAAGGGAGAUUGAAAUCUACGAUAUGAACAGAAAACUGUACGACAGCAAAGCCUUCCCACUCGCUAAUCUCUUUAUUCCAACAGCCGAGGGGUCGUACAUGGACCGCAUAAUAGUAAUUAAAAAAAUCGAAAAUGUCACUCACAAUACCUUUGAGCAAACGAAAAUGUCCAUGUUAUCACAUGUGAAGGAAAUUAAGGCCGUUUUCGAAAAUCUGCUUCUUGAUUUUAACGAAUCACCAGAUCAAGUACCGAUUAAUUUCGUCGUUUGGUCAAAAGCGAAGAUAGAAAAUGAUGCCUUUGUUGAAAAAUUAACCGAAGAUCUGCACAAUCAUCUUACCAAUGAUUCAAAGAGCUCAAUUUUCGAAAUGAGAGCCGCUUGUGUUUUGAACAAAGACUCCAUUGAAGUUCGCCGCAAAAUUUUACUUCAACCAAUAAACUCUUGCUCUUCCCCAAAUCGUCUGCUUCAAGCCCUUGUCUUUAAAGUUCCCUCCGAGACCAGGUUCCAAAUAACACGAAGACUCUUCAAUUGCGCGGGCUCCAAACCAAUCACUCUCAACGACAUAGAGUGUACACUUAAUCUUUUUAAAACGUAUUUCCCUCGAACAGAAAACUGCUUAGAAAUGUUGCCCGACUUCGACAGAAUUUGUGAAAACUUACUUGGAAAAAUAAUCGAUUGUUCUCUUUCAGAUGAAGCCAAUCUUUAUUUGGGAGAAGUGAAAGAUUUCCAGCAAAAAGUGAUCUCGCAUUUGAAGAAACCUAGAGGUCUGCUGAUUCAUGGGUACAAGGAACACCAUUUGAACCAAGUGCUGAGACAACCCUGCAACUGUUUCUUCGAAUUUGAUUGGCUUUUAGUGGGCAAUGGCUUGUUCACUAUUUUCGAAGUGGGCCGAAGCAAAAAUCCAUCUUCGCCAAUAUCUACCGCUAUGAACAAGCUAUCAGAUGAGAAAAGUUUGCGGCAAAAGCACAUGAUGCAGAAAAUUGUUUACUUUUUUCUCAGAGAAACUUCGAAGUUGUCCGAUGACGAAUUGAAAGAAGUUGUCCAGAAAUCAGUUAGAUUAGUGAUAGUCUUCACAAAUACUACCAAAGGAGCCCUUCAGGAGAGCAUUGACAAAACUAAAUCACUGAAGAAGUUGAAAAUUAUGAAAAAUAAACAAAUCUUGAUAAUGACUGGCGAAAACGCAGAUAUACUCAAUCAUACAAUAAGCACUCCUGUAUUAAAGUUGUUUGAACUUGAUGCAAAUUUUCAACUUCAGGUGUCUGCAUUGAGCACCGAUGAUUUAUUCAGCUCUGACGUUGCGCGAGACUUGAGUUUGAGCGAGGAAAGUGGUAAACUGAUAAAACAUAUUAGCGCCAUUUUGUCUUUCUCAUAUCUACUCAACUUUGACAAUAGUCACCCAAGUUCGGACCUAGAUCUCCCCGUCAAGUGCCCCCUAGGAGUCGAUGACCGACUUUCGAAAGAAAUCAAAAAUGCAGCACCUGGCACUUCACAUCUUGACAUCGUACUGAGUCCCCAGCAACACAGAUUACUAGAUGAAAACCCCAAGAAAAUGUUCCUGGUUGGAGAACCUGGCACGGGAAAAACUGCAGUUUUGCUGGCAAAAGCAUUUUAUGCAGCAGUGAACGAAGAUGAUGUCAAACAUGUUAUCAUAAGCUUCCCGUCAGAAAAGACGGAAUUCAAGGAGUUAAUUGUCAACUUAUCCGAAAGUCAAAAUAUUCCCCCAGAAGCAAAAAAGAAACUGAAGUUUUUUACUUUGGACCAAUUAGCGCACAUAGCCGAAGCUCAUAUGCCGCUCAACAACCAUGUCAAUGUCCUACCAGAUUCAAAGUUUUCUGUGACAGACUUGCAUAAAUCUAUACUACUAAUGGACGAAUUGUAUUUGGAAUCAACUGACACUUUAACGGAGCAAGACCAAUUUCAUAUGAGAUAUCUUGAAUGCUGUUACCAUGCCAAACAAUGCUGGAUAACUAACCUCGUGGCAGGUCAACAUACAGUGCAGAAAAAGCUCAGCCAAAAAACGAUGCUUCCUAAUUUCCAAAUCAAAACCCUCAAUGUUUCUUUCCGAAGUGCACAUCACAUUAGCACUUUCUCCACAAAUUUCAUACAUAAGUCCAAAGAUUUUACUCGGACAAGUGUUCGAAUUCCUGGAUGUUUGACAUCGAAACAAACAAAAAUUGCUCUGCAAAAAAUAUCCUCAGCUGCUGAUUUAGUUUUGAAUGACGAAAACAACACAAGACUAUGCUACGGCUCAAAUAGACGGGCACUCGUGUUUAGCGAUAAGCCAGAAGUUUGGAAAGAACGAUUUGAAUCGGAACCUUUAGUCAAACUUACAAUAGUAUCUCCUCGAACAAACUUCACUUCAGCGCCUUAUACUGGUUGCGAGGCUUGGUCAGUAAUCAUCAUAGUAGAUGAUUUGCCUCAUGAAAUUCAUGACAAGAGGACCUUCGGAGUCCUGAAUUUGGCCAUCACAAGAGCGCAAUAUGAAGUUUGCAUCUUUGCUGCAGAUUCUGUUUACAAGCGAAUUGAGAACUUUCUAGAAGAAAAUGAAUGUUAUUGGGAGAACAUUCUGAUUGAUGCCGCUAAUCACACCCAAAUAGAUCUCAGUUUUCUGCAGCCUUGUAGUAAGUGGGACAAAAAAACUAGAGACUUUGUGGUAAAAUUAUUCCAGAUUUCAAUAAUGAAUUCCAAUACGACGCUAUUUGAGAAACUUCUGGACUUGUAUCCAGGUGAAGACGGAAAAAAGCAUCUCCCGAUCCAAAAGAUAAUUUCGGCCUUUGAUGGUCAAAAAACGGAUGCGUUUGUGAAGGUGAUGUCUGACCGUGUAGGGAAACAGUUCAUUCAGUUGCUUACAUACUCUAUAAUGGCAGAAUGGAUCCCCUUCUUAGACAGACUGGAAACCGUUCCAAAAGCAUCAGAUAUGGCGGAGGCUUCUAUAAUUGUUGGAAACUACAAGUCUAUUGUUGACUGGUAUUUCGAGAGACUAGGAUCACGGAUAUUCAAGAUGUUCAUCAAAAACUGGGGGCGUCUUUUGUAUGCAGCAUGCUAUACUGGAGAUCCCAAAGCAGUAGAGUGGGCACUCCAUAUCUUUGACAGACUGGACCUCGAAGACCAAAAAAAGAAGGAGUUGUCGGGUCUGUACCCUCUGUUAAACAGAGGUGACGUUACGCUACUCUGUCUUGUCAGCUACUGUCGCUGCCCUCGUGAUGUGUUCAGACUUCUAUUUCAAGCUGGGUUCCCGGAAAAGUUGCUGCUUCAGACAUGCAUGGGGAAAAAUGCGCUUCACUUUGCAUUAAAUUACGACGAUUCGGAUUUGGUUGACGUGCUUCUUGAAAAGCAAACGAGAAAGAAGAUUCUCCUUGAAAGCGUCAUUAUACUAAAUGGACGAAAUGCAAGUGUAAAAGAGUUUGCGGAAGUAUGUGGUUACUCUAAUAAACAUCAAUUCUAAUGUUUUAUGUUGUAGAAUUUCUGUAGAAUAAACCUUCAUGUUUUAAA